AUGACGAAUUGCAUAAUUUUCAAAACUAUGACAAACUGCGGUGCUGCAUCUACGUCAUCAGCACCGCCACAACAAAAUGGUCUUCGUCCACCGUCAGUACAACCGCAUCGAAAUCCCUUCGCUCCGCCCCCUCCUCUCCCUUCUCCAGAUGACUAUGACGACGCGAUAAACUGCUCACCGUGCUGCGACGAUCCCAAUGUUAGCCGAACAUUCAAAGCACUGAUAUUGGGACAAAUCUUAUCACUAUGUUUAUGUGGGACCGGAGUUUCGAGUCAGCUAUUAGUCAACGAAAAUGUAAAUGCGCCAGCUGCCCAAGCCUUCUCCAACUACUUCCUUUUAUGUUUCGUUUAUUGCAUAUCACUGGCAUGCAAAACCGAUGACAACAGCCUUGUCGUCGUUCUUCGGAAGCGCGGAUGGCGAUAUUUGAUACUUGCAAUCAUCGAUGUGGAAGCCAAUUAUAUGAUUGUUAAGGCUUAUCAGUACACCAAUUUAACAUCUGUUCAGCUCCUCGAUUGCGCCACAAUCCCAACGGUCCUCUUCCUCUCCUGGCUGUUUCUAUCUGUUCGCUACCUGGCUUCCCAUAUUUUAGGCGUCACAAUUUGCCUUGUUGGCAUCGCAUGUGUCAUCUGGGCAGAUGCAUUAGGUGACAAAGGCGCCGAAGGGGGAUCCAACAAAGUGCUGGGCGAUGUUUUGUGUCUCGCCGCGGCGGUGAUGUACGCGAUUUGCAAUGUUGCUGAGGAGUUUCUGGUGAAACAGCACUCGCGGACAGAAUAUCUCGGGAUGCUUGGAUUGUUCGGAUGCAUUGUUUCCGGUGUGCAAACAGCCGUGUUCGAGCAAGAAGCGCUUUCUAAAAUCGUGUGGGAUGGAACAACAGUAUCCUAUUUUGCGCUCUUCGCCUUCUCGAUGUUCAUCUUCUACUCGCUGGUCACGGUGGUACUUCAGAAGACGUCAGCGCUAAUGUUCAAUUUGUCAACGCUGACCGCCGAUUUCUAUUCGUUGUUGUUUGGAAUUUUCAUGUUUAAGGAUACGUUCCACUACCUCUACUUUGUGUCCUUUAUCAUUUGCAUAAUCGGAUCGGUCAUCUAUUCAAUGCGAGAGACACAAGUUAGUGAUAUUAUGCAAACGCGCUCUAAUCGAAAUUUGCAGAUGCGCGAUGCCGAUGAGCCGCGUCGUGUAUGCCCUUGCCUCUUCGUUUGCUGCUGUUGCUGUGGCUGCUGUUUCGAAGAAGGCGACAGCACUGAAGGAUCCAUUGAUGUAUCACCAUCACCCAACGAACGGAUGCAGAUGGGUCUUAAUCCGAGGAGUUCGAUAAGCCCUUGUCCGGUCCAUGGAAAUCAGUUAUCUCAUUUAUAA